GCAGCAUUUCCUUGUCUUGACAGGAUUUCUGUAACUGUGAAGUAAAUUAUUUGGAUGUCUGGUCACUGUCAGAGCGCAUGGGGAGCGCACUCGGUGGGACUGUUUGUACGUGAGUGACACUAUCCAGCCAGUCACAGCCUGCACAGUAACCUCAGAAACAGUUACAGUCCUGGAGGAGGAUGCCUUCCCUCCACCACGGAGCAAUCUUCAUCGGAGCCUUCCUCAUUGUGACCGGGGGCUCCACAGCCUUCCUGGCCUCGUACCAGAGCCGGCUGCAGGCUUUCUCUCUCUGCUGCGUGGUCCUGGGGGUGGUCCUGUUCAUCCUGGGGCUCUUCUGGGCUAUGAACAGCAAAAGUGCCGUGAACUACAACCACCGGGAGUUUGACCCUGAGUGCCCGCAUUAUCCAUACGACUACCCCAACUUCGGCAGCCAUGCCCUCUUCACACCCCCGGGGGGCCGCUUCCCAGAGUCCCAGUCAGUGUUUCUGCCCAGGACGAUGGAGCGCCACAGGCACGGUGCUCGUGGUGAGGAAUUUGACUACCCUCCAAUGGACCCCGGGGGUUUUAGUCCACCGCCUCACCCUCCUGCCUGGCUGGGACCCCCGCCUCCCUAUGAGGUUGCCAUCAAGACCACGUGCAGCUCUACACACCUGCGGCGUGCAUACUCAGACACACACCUGGCUACAGAGCCCCUGUUUGGACAGUCAAGAGAGAUCAGUUUUGAGGUGUGAUGCCACCUGCCUCUCUGUACAUGAGACAGAGAGCAAGACUCACAGUAGCUGUCCUGUGACAGUUACAGACUUAAGCAAAUACUUGAAGCAUGUUUCUUUCUGAUGUUGAUCAGUAGGUCCUAGCAUGUUUUCCACAUUUUCUGUAAUUACAAUGCCGGUGUAAAUACAUAUCCAAUUUAUGGUGA